GUCAGGAGAUUUCAGCAGGAUGAUGCUCACAUCUUUUGCAGGGAGUCACAGAUUAAGGAUGAAGUCAAGGGUGUCUUAGAUUUCAUCAGUUAUGUGUAUAAGAUAUUUGGUUUCACUUUUGACCUGAAGUUAUCAACGAGGCCUGAAAAGUAUCUCGGAGACUUAGAAAGCUGGAACAAGGCUGAAGAUGCUCUUGCGGAAGCAUUGGACGAGUUCGGAAAGCCCUGGGAGAAAAACGAAGGAGAUGGAGCGUUUUACGGUCCAAAAAUUGAUAUAAGUGUUUCUGACGCAAUGAGAAGAAAAUUCCAGUGUGCAACAUUGCAGCUUGAUUUCCAACUUCCUCAACGAUUCAACCUUGCAUACUCAGCAGAAGAUGAAAAUAAGAGGGAGAGACCAGUUAUGAUACAUAGAGCUAUACUUGGGUCAGUUGAGCGUAUGUUUGCUAUUCUUUUGGAGCAUUUCAAGGGGAAAUGGCCUUUCUGGCUUAGUCCACGUCAAGCAAUGGUCUGCCCUGUUUCCGACAAAUCUCAGUCAUAUGCUCUGGAGCUCCGAGAGAGAAUACAUGAUGCUGGUUAUUAUGUUGAUGUUGAUACAAGUGACAGGACAAUCCAGAAGAAGGUACGAGAGGCUCAAGUGGCACAAUAUAACUAUAUUCUGGUUGUUGGAGAGGCGGAAGCCAGUAGUCGGCAGGUGAGCGUUCGAGUGAGAGACAAGCCUGAUCAUCAAGUCAUGACAGUUGGUGACCUCCUCGCUCACUUCAAAGAUAUGGUUGCAUCAUUUCAAUAGGAGACACUUGCUUCUUGUGCAUUGUACUACUGAAGAAAUGUAGCCCACAAUCAAUUUUCAGUUUUCCUACAUGUAGGAGAUGGAAUGCAUGCCAAUACACUCAAGUCUAUUUGUUUUUCAGUAAUUGAAAGCUAUUCUAUUACAACAAUCUGAUAUAAACUCAGUUGGAAAUUUUGUAUUAUACUCGUGUUUUCUUACAAGCAGGUUGGUAAUUUGUUUCUUAUUAGCUGUUUAA